AUGGGAGGAAUAAGGACUGCUGGAGCUUCGAGAGGAGCUUUAUCUAGAGGAGGUAGUAGUGGGCCGACCCAAGCUAGGAGAGUGCCUUCUACUGGUUCAGCUAUGACCCCUCAAGUCACUUGUAGGUACUGUGAAAAAUCCAACCACUCCGAGAAUGAUUGUUGGAGGAAGUCUGGGAAGUGUUUGGCUUGUGGUAGUACAGAGCACCAACUCGCGAACUGUCCAAACAAAAUGAAGAUGGGAGCUAAGGAUGGCAAGGUAUCACAACUUGAGCAUGUUUUCAUUCAAGGAAGCAAAGUCAGGUUUAUGGUGAUUCCAGAUAUGCUUAAGAAUGCUCCAAUGUUCAAACGUCUAGAAGCUAGAAUCAAGGGCAAGGGUUCAGCACUUGGCAUUAGACGGGGACGUGCUGUUGCCAUGAGAGCCAGGGCUCAGGCUGCUGGUCGUAGAGCUCCACCAGGGAGGGGCAUUGUGCCACCUGUAAGGAGGUGAUCAUUCUAGAAUAUGAUUGUAAUCUUAAGAGCAUCAAAGCUCGUAUAUUAUGCAAGGGAGAUCAUCAAAUCCAUGUUAUGCAGCCCAAUUUGGUAUAGGAUAAUAUUUGGCCUUUGAGACCUUAAGAA